GGUUAUUUUCGUUUUAUCUAUUUAUAUUCAGAUAAGAUUACAACGUGAUUCGCCGGACGGGUCUUGCGAUCAGUGCAAUUUUCAUUAUUAUACAAUGAAUUUCGCCGGUAAAGUUGUAAUUGUAACAGGAGCCAGCUCCGGCAUCGGCGCGGCAACAGCUGUGUUCCUCUCGAAACUCGGUGCAAAGUUGUCGCUCACCGGCAGAAACGUCGAGAACCUUCAGAAAACAGUAAAUGACUGCGAUAAGGCCGCUACUCCGUUCUCCAUCCCCGCCGAUUUGACGAAAGAAAGCGAUAUCGAGAGCAUUGUGAAGAAAACUAUUGAUCAUUACGGCCAGAUCGACGUGUUGGUGAAUAAUGCAGGUAUUAUCGAGACCGGAACCAUUGAGAAUACUUCCCUGGCGCAAUACGACAGGCUUAUGAACACUAAUGUACGCUCACUGUACUAUUUAACCAUGCUAGCAGUACCUCACCUUUUAAAAACUAAAGGUAACAUCGUGAACGUCUCCAGUGUCAACGGAAUUAGAUCUUUCCCCGGCGUUCUCGCCUACAACGUGUCUAAAGCGUCCGUUGAUCAGUUCACCAGGUGUGUAGCUUUAGAGCUCGCUCCGAAAGGUGUCAGAGUGAACUGUGUGAAUCCUGGAGUCAUUUUGACAAACCUGCAGAGGCGUGGAGGGUUAACUGAAGAGCAGUAUAAGGCGUUUUUGGAGAGGACUAAAGAGACUCAUGCUUUGGGAAGGCCGGGGAAGCCUGAUGAGGUAGCGGCUACCAUUGCCUUCUUGGCAAGUGACCUGGCAAGCAAUAUAACUGGUGCAAGUGUCCCAGUAGAUGGUGGCCGUCAUGCUAUGUGCCCUCGUUAAUAUCUUCAGCUGCCAUUUUUUUAUUGUCGUUAAUGUUUAAGCAAAAUGUAGUCAGAUAUAUUUUUACAAAUUUUUAUGCAUAUAUGGUACUUGUUAUAAACAUAUAUUAGAAAGUA